AUGUUAAGAUACCAUAUCAAUGGAUUUAGCGGUUACAAUAUUCAAUAUUCCCCCUUUUUCGAUAAUAAGCUUGCAGUUGCCUCAGCAUCUAAUUAUGGUCUUGUAGGAAACGGGAAGCUGGUCAUAUUGGAUAUAUUACCUGAUGGAACCAUAAAGGAAUCCAAUUCUUUCCUAACUCAAGACUGUUUGUUCGAUGUUGCUUGGAACGAAUCUCACGAAUCACAAUGUCUAGUGGCUCAAGGAGAUGGUUCAUUGAGAUUAUUCGAUAUAAAUCUUCAAAAAUAUCCCAUUGCCAUCUUUAAAGAACAUAAAAAGGAAGUGUUAAGCUGCAAUUGGAAUUUGAUCAAUAAGAAUUUGUUCCUUAGUAGUUCAUGGGAUGGAGAUGUUAAAGUUUGGUCAACAGCAAGACAAGCAAGUUUAAUAACGUUAUCGCCAAUUCAUACUGAUCCUACUGCUAUUGUAAACACGAAAAGCAAUAUUAAUCCAUCUUUGAACAAUGUUAGCCAGCCAAUUCUUCAUCCUAGAUCAACAGCUAUACGGCAACCUGUAACAUCAGCAUCAAUGCAGGGAAAUGACAAUAAAAACUGUAUAUACCAAGCCCAAUUUUCACCACAUGAUCCUAACAUAGUAGCGUGUUGUUCAGGUACUUCAUAUCUUACUCUUUUCGAUCUUCGACAGCCAACACCAAACGUACAAAGAGGUAUCUUAACACAAAGUGGAUAUGAAACAUUGACGCUAGAUUUCAAUAAGUACAGAUCACAUAUAAUUGCUACAUCAGGUGUAGAUAAAGCGAUUAAAAUGUGGGAUAUGAGGUUUAUUCCUUCCACAUUUUCUCCUCAAUCUACAUCUACAACUCCAAUAUUAUCAAGACGACAACAAGAACCCAUUAAUGAAAUUAUCAACGCACAUGAUUUGGCUGUAAAGACAAUUAAAUGGUCACCACAUCAUUCCAAUUUGAUGGUAUCUACUUCAUAUGACAUGACAUGUAAGACAUGGAUGGAUAUUUCAUACCAAAAUGGUACAAGUAAUGGGAGGACGAAUUCAUUGGAUCCACAACGAAGAAAUGGUUGUUUAGCGAUUAUGGAUAAACAUUCUGAGUUUGCGUUCGGGGUAGAUUGGAGUCUUUGGGGACAGCCUGGAUUUAUCGCUAGUACUGGUUGGGAUGGUAAUGUCUUCAUUUGGAAUACUCUUCGAUAA